GCAGUAGAUGGAGUCAAAAUCCUCAAGAUCUUGAAUCAGAAUAAGAUUUUUCCAUUGUGCCCAUCAAACAAAUGGACGCUUUGGGAUUACAUCUUAGGAACAAGAAUAUGGAGAAGAACUUUUCCCGAACUUCAUACAAAUGUCUUUGGUUGCUGUGGCUUGGUUAAGAAGUACCCAAAGAGCUACACGUCCACUUUACUUUCCUACCCGUGGGUGCCUUCUUGUCAACUACCCAAUACUCAGUCCCUGUUAGAUAUUCUCACCAACGUGAAUAAGUUAUGUGAAUGGGAUCCUACAGUCAGAAGUGUCAGCCAUGUUUCUGCAGAUAGUGGCUCUCACAGUUCCUCAGAUACCACACGCCAUGUGCAAUAUAGCUUCUUGCCAGUCAUUUGUGAUAUGAUAGAAGUAGAUAGGAAAAGUGCCCUGAAAUUUGUACUUAGGCUGCUCAAUAAUUUUUUUACAAAGUUCUUCCAUGUUGGACUUCCCUUACCAAUGCAAGUUUACCAAAGGCUUUACUUCCAAGAAGAAAAUGGCUGCUGCUGGCUUUUAGAGUCUGAAGUGAUGGGCUCAGAGUGGACAUUUUAUCUUGCUCAACCAGUGGAAGGUCUUGACAAGUCCCUUCUUACCAUUGUCUUUCACCCAAGUUCAAAUUGGUUAGGAAGUGCUCCUUCCACAGCCAAGGUGGUCAAAAGAUUAGGCUGCUUACGGGACUUCUUCCAGAUGAAACAUCUUCAGCCGAUUCCAAACAAAGUUUUCACUCUCCCAAACCUAGAAACAGUGCUUUCAGAAAAUGGCGAUAAUGCACAAUACCAAAGACAGCGAACUGCAUCUGGUAGCAGUAGCGGAAGCAUGAAAAGAAGGCGAGGAAAGGUUAAAAUGAGGUCACAUUCUGAGGUCGUUAAAGGCAGCCCCCACACUGCUGGUGCAGAUGCUGUACAUAGGCAAACCAGUGAAAUAUCUGCUAAGUCUGUGAUUUCUACUCAAAAACAUGCAGCUACUGAAGACUGUAUUGAUGAAGUGUUUGAUAAAGAUGUAGAUAAAGUAUCAGAGUCUACAAAAAUAUUUAAAAUUGGAACAGAGGAUGAUAGCCCCCAUACUAGUCACCAUGAUAACAGUGAAGAGGGAAAGAGAGAACUGGAAAUGUCUAAUGUUUUAACCUCUGAUUUGGAUUCAAGGGAAUACAUCAUACCCUCAUUGACAAAUGAUGAAACCGGUCUUAAAAAAGCUCAUGUUCUUGCAAACCAGACAGCAGCUGAGCUAUUUCAAGUGGCUAUGCAAGCAUCAAACAUAGAUGUGAAACAACCUGAAUUAGCUCAGGCAGAGAAAACAAAAGGAUGGAUAUUCCAAAGUGUUGAGAAAGAAGUUGUUGUGUUAAGAAAAGAUGUCAAUCUUGGCAUGAGGAGCUCUGUGCAGUGCUACCUGGGUAAAGGAUUGAUUAAACUUCCAGCAGCUAUCGUGUGGGAUGCAGUAAAGAAUCCCAGGACAAGGUUCACAUAUGAUGAGCUUCUCAAGAAACUAGACAUAAUUCAUGAUUUUGAGGAUGGUUUGAAAAUAAUACGACUGCAGCAUGAAAUUAGCUGGAUGUUCAGCACAGAAUAUCGUGAUUUCUGUCUAAUUCAUGGUGAGAGAAAGGAGCAGGAUAAGUACAUUCUGUCCAUGUUGUCCGUCAAUUGGCCUGGCUGCAAACCUCAGGAUGAAAACUGCAGGGGGACAUUUCUUGCUAGUGGUUGGAUAGUUGAGCCUGUGGCAAAGCAAAAUGGAAAGGAACAUUCUAUGGUUACCUACAUGGUCCAAAUGGAUGUCAAGAGCACACAUAGUGCACCAAUGGAUGAAAUCGUCACCAGACAGCCCACAAGUAUUGCAGCUCUACGAUCCUUCUUAGAAGAAACAGCCCUUGUUACCAUGAAAAUUAAAAGAACCAUAUGAAGGAAAUGUUGCAUUGAUGGUAUAAGAAAGAGACUGCUUUAAUUUUAAUUGUCCUUGUGAUUUUCUCAAGUGCAAUGUGUUUAUAAUUGAUUUUAGGCAGACAAUAAAAUGUUUGAAAUCACUUUGCAAUGCAUAAUUAUAUAGAAACAUAAGAAUGACUGGCAGCUAAAAAUAUGAAUUUUAUGGAACUAAAUAUUUUAGUUAUUCACCCAAAAAUUAGAUGGUUAGAUAUUUCAGAGGCAAUUGAUGUUCAACUUUUACUUCUUUUAUAUAAAGAAUACUCACAAUAUGACAUUGCAGGAGGUAGAAUAAGUUUUAUUUCAUUUAUUAAUGGAACAUUUUAAAUCUCUUUGUAAACUGUAACAAAUAUUGUCAAACUUCAGUCAUAAGGAUUCUGUAUGUUGUCUGCAUAUGAUAAUGAUGAAAUGACAUUGCUACAUGUAAUCAUCGUGAGUUUGUUGACUAAUAUCUAUUUUUUAUGACAUUUGUCUGUUUAGUUGAUUAGGAGCCUUGGUUAUUAAUGGCCAAUGCAAUGCCUUAACUAUUUGCAAGUGCUUGCUCAAAAUUAUUGCUUCCAGGCUAAGAACACCCUUUUCAGAUCUUUUAAUGCCAUUUAAGGGGAAGAUUUUCUAUGAAUUUUACAAUGUUAUCCUUAUCAUAAACUGGUUGCUGUGAAAAUAUUUUAAUUGAUUUAAACAUCAUAAUGCUGGUGCUUUUUAAUGUCUUCCUGUAUAGAUAUUCAGUAUGAUAAUACACAUUAAUAAUUUUAUACUUAUGCGUAGGUUUUAGUUUAGUUUGUUUGACAUUUGUAAAAACAAAAAGAUAUGGUUUCACUUAUUGUAGUAUGUGCCUGAAGAUGAUAUUGUAAUAGCACUUUGCAGUGUCACAUUAUGUAAAAUAAAAAUUAAAUAUAUGUCAUUUUAAA